AUGUUGCUUUCUCCGGGCCCUGGAACUCGGCCACCCGACGGCGUGCCUCGAGCAGUCGGCCGGGUGGCCAAGGCGGCUGACGGUGCCGCUUCCAGGAGCAGCGACUUCCAGCACGCAGGUGCGCUGGGCAUGAGCGUUGGGAUAGCGGCAUGCAGCGCUGCAAGACGUUGCCGCAAUAAGACCCUGCGAUUCCGACGUGUCUGGACUGCAGCCACAGCCGUCGAGACGGUGGUGAAGCCUCCAGCCAUCGAAGACGAGUCGAGGGAGCCUCCAGAUGAACCAAACGAGCGCAACUUAAUUGUCCUGCUCGUGGCCGCAGCGUAUGUGAUUUGGCAGAUGGACAAGGUGAACAUGUCCGUGGCCAUUUUGCCCAUGGCAGAGCAGAUGGGCUGGGAUUCUGCUGAUGAAGGUGUGAUACAGAGCUCCAUCUUUUGGGGCUAUGCAGCAACACAGAUCAUUGGUGGCUUCCUCGCAACACGCUUUGGUGGGAAGCGUGUCCUUCUGUUUGCAGUGACCCUUUGGUCCUGCGCAACGAUGCUGGCACCUUUAGCUGCCACUGUCUCCACACAGGUGUUCAUCGCGAGCCGCGUCCUUGUCGGGAUCGGCGAAGGCCUUGCCCCUGCUGCUGGGCUGCGGAUGGUCGCCACCUGGGUUCCCGAAUCCGAGCGCAGCCGAGCGGUUUCAACCUUGGGCGGUGGAAAGACUAGUGGGUCGAUUGCCGGCUUGUUGCUGGCCCCUGUCGUCAUCAACAGCUUUGGCUGGCAGGCCAUGUUUUACUCCUUUGGCUUUCUUGGCCUACUUUGGGCAGGCGUUUGGCUGAUCAAGGGCAAGGACCGCGAUGGAAGUGCGACUGUUGACGGCGACGAGCCCAUCCCUUGGUUGUCCAUUUUAAGCACACCACAGCUGUGGGGGGUAGUCGUGGCACAUUUCUGCCAUGACUGGGGAGGCUAUGCCUUGCUGACAUGGACCCCGACCUACUUGAACCAAGCUCUGGGAUACAACUUGGAAGGCAGUAGCGAGCUCACCGUCAUCCCCAGUGUGUGUGCUGUUGCAGUGGCAGCAGGUAGUGGGAUUCUCGCUGACAAUCUCCACGGGAAUGGAAUGGACCUCACGUCUGUGCGGAAGCUCUUCCAAAGUGUUGGCUUUUUUAUUCCGAGCCUUAUGUUGGGACUGCUCGCCACCACUGCGACAGCCGGAAACGUGGAACCUGGGUCGCUGAUGCCCAUCGUGUUGCUUACCUUCGGCAUCGCUUCUGGCGCCUGCUCGUACGCUGGGCUCUACUCCAGCCAUGCUGACUUGAGUGCCAAGUACAGUGCUCUCGUAAAUGCCAUUUCAACCACUUUCGGCGCACUGGCUGGAGUGUGCUCAAAUGCAUAUGCUGGCUACAUGCUGAAAGCCACGGGAUCCUGGUCGCAAGCCAUUUUCUUACCAUCAAUUGCCUUGUAUGUUGUGGGAUGGGCCGUUUACACCUCGCUUUACGAUGCAACACCUGUUGAUUGGGAUGCCAAGGAUGAGGAAUAG